CUGCUUCUUUUCUUCUAGUUUAUAUCCAUUUAUAACUCUGCUUAGCUUUUAUUACUGUUGAUGAAUCAGGCAUGGCUUCUGAACUAUUCCGAAUCGCUCCUUAUGAAGCUGAAAACCCGACAGGGGUCUCUCUAAGGGAAGCUUUCGUGCUUCUUCAGAAUCAGCUGAAACCCCCAUUCCCUCUAACGAUUCCAUCUUCACCAGAGUAUUUACAGCUCAAUCGGGCAAUCCUGUUCGGUGUUUUAGUCGAACCUCACCUCGCCAAAACCCAUUUUAUCCACUUAAAUGCUAUAGUAACUGAUGGGUACAAAUUUUUCGUUAGUUUGCUCCUCAAGAUAGUAACUGAAUCGUACCCAAAAAUUCUCGAAUCUGUGAGGGUUCAAUUGAUAUGGGUUACUUCCGAGCUCAUCGAUGUUUCAUCUAUUGGGGUUGAUAAUUUGUUGAUUUCCCUGAUGAGGCAGAUUGUUGGUGGGGAUUAUAGUAAUUGGAACUUGUGGUUAUGCAUGGAAUUGCUGAAGGUUUUAUUGGCAAAAUGGGAUUGGCUUUUGGAAGAACCAUUCGUUUUGACAAGUGCUUUGUUUACGUAUCUCCGUUUGUUAGCUGAUCAUUACAGAUUGUCUGGUACCACACAGUUAGAUGCCUUGAAGCGCAUGGAGAUUGAUUUUUGCAUUAGAGUUUUGAAGGAACAAUUUAGUUUGUGUUUGAGGAUUGGAAGGGACCUUGUUCGUCUUCUGCAGGACUUGGGACAUAUUCCUGAAUUCCGAGCCAUAUGGAAGGAGUUGUUAUUGAAUCCUGGAGAAUUUAGUGCUCCGGGAUUUUUGGACAUAUCACAGCUUUACCACUCAAGGACAUCUAGCCGUUAUCUCUUACUUCGGAUCACCCCAGACAUGGAAAACCAAUUGCGAUUCUUACUGACCUAUGUGAAGUUGGGGAGACAGAAGCGUUACCAGAUGUGGUUUGCUAGGAAGUUUCUAUGUGGACCUGAAAGAGAGACCAUUAUCUGUGACCUUGUUCGGUUUAUAUGUUGUGCCCAUCACCCUCCUAACGAAAUUCUACAAUCAGAUAUCGUUCCAAGAUGGGCCAUCAUAGGUUGGCUACUGACCUGUUGUAGGAAAAAUCAUGUGCAAGCCAAUGUGAAGCUGGCCCUUUUAUAUGAUUGGCUGUUCUUUGAUGAGAAAAUCGAUAAUAUUAUGAACAUUGAGCCAGCGAUCCUUUUGAUGGUGAAUUCAAUUCCUCAAUACAUUGACAUUACUUGCAACCUUCUUGAGUUCUUGUUCCUUCUCAUGGAUAACUAUGAUAUUGAACGGAAGGAUGUCAUAGCUCAGGGUGUCUCGGCAGCUUUUGGUAACCUUGUUAGGAAAGGAGUGGUUCACUCAUUGGAUGCUUUGACCUCUUGCAAUGAACUUUCUCCACUUCUCAAAGAGAGGCUUGCAAACAUUUUUCCUUGUUUAGAAUCAGGAGUUUCUGAAGCACACCCCAUUUGUGUUCCUUGUGGUUCCCUCCUGCCCUUGAAUUUGCCAAGUCCAUCAAGCAUGAAAAGGCAAACAUCAGUUUCAAGCGAGCAAAGGACUCCUAUUUGUGUUCCUUGUGGUUCCCUCCCACCCUUGAAUUUACCAAGUCCACCAAGCACGGAAAGGCAGACAGCAGUUUCAAGCGAGCAAAGGACUCCUUUGUGUGUUUCCCUCCCACCCUUGAAUUUGCCAAGUCCUUCAAGCACGGAAAGGCAGACAUCAGUUUCAAACAGCAGUUUCAAGCGAGCAAAGGACUCCUUUGUGUGUUUCCCUCCCACCCUUGAAUUUGCCAAGUCCAUCAAGCACGGAAAGGCAGACAUCAGUUUCAAGUGA